CUUUCUUUCUUUCUUUCUUUCUUUCUUUCUUUCUUUCUUUCUUUCUUUCUUUCUUUCUUUCUUUCUUUCUCUCAACGAAGAACAAACUGAUCUGUGUGUGUUAUGGGAGGUCGGUGUUGUUAAUUUGAGCGUAGUUAUUUCUUUGAUUUUAUCUGCGUUUUGAUUUCACUACGCUUGGUUCAGGUAAAAUACAUCACAGACAUCAGAAACAUGAUUUGAUACUCUAAAAGAUGGUGGUUAAUCUUUAGCUUUUGAGCAACUCUAUGUUUAAUGUACUAUAGUUUUUAUUAAGAUUAGUUAGAAUUUUAGAAUUCAACAUGUUUUCUUCUGUGUUUACAUUUUAUGUCUAUUCUAAAUUUACAUUUUAACUAAACGAAUUGAAACCAAUAAUUUGUAUAUUUGUCUUGUUAAGAUACUAAUGUGCACCUAAAGGUAAUUUCCGUGAUUCGUUUGCCAUGUAAAAGCUUGCAGGCCUAAUCAGUGUCAUUGAAACUGAAAAAAUUGAUUUUUUUUUAGGACUGUUUCUUUUCUUCUUCUCGUCUUACUUUCCAGACUAAUCAGUGUCUCAGCAAAGUAAAAUAAUUCACGGCACACAUUGAUCACAUCCAACCACUUCCAAAAACUUCAGAGGAGGCUGGGACAGACAGACAAACAUUAAACUAUAUUCAGAGGACUGUCAUUCGACCAGGUCUUGUUCUAAUGAAGAAAAAGGAGGGCCUAUGGAAGAGGACACACACGUCGGUAGAGUAUCGUGAUGUAAAUCAACCCAGCGAACAAUUAAGGUCUACCAGUUACAAACAUACAAACAUCUAAAUUAUAGGAGUAGAGCAGAGCGUGUAUUCUACAAUAAGCUCACUCGGAUCCCCUUCUACAAACAAAACACGCAAUCACACAGGGUGAUAUACGAGUCGUGCGCUUUCCUGCAUCUUGUAUUUGUUCCACAAUUUCAUUUCAAUGCGUUCUGCUGGCUAUUAUCAACAAAACGCAAUGGAUGUGUGCUCACUUUCCCCUGGUGGUGCAGCACCUCAACCAUGCACACACACCCACGGGCGGGCGCUAGCUGCAGGUUUUAUGGGUCCAACAUCAGAUGAAGGACGAUACACAAGAAGAGACACAAUCAAUUUAACGCGCGAAGAGUUCCGCUGUGAUUGCGCAAUCUCACCGGGAGCAGCAGGAAGAUUAGAAAGAGAAAUGAAAUGACAAUUAGAUAGGAGAAGGGAGCGGGAGAUUGAAGAAGGGAAAUAAGAAAGGGGGGGGGGGGGUCGUGGUGGUUCCCAGACCCCCUCCUCUUCCUCCUUCUUCACUCCAACGAAAGGAAAAAUGAGGCAAACUAAUGCCAGGCUUCUCAUUGGACAGUGUUUGGUCAGCUGGUCUCUGACUCCCCUAUUCUCCUCACCCAAUUCCUGUAACAUACACACACAUUGACUCUUGCUACUGAGCCCCACACUGCCCAGGACUGGCACCCAGCCACCCCAACUUCACCUUCCUCACCCCCUCCCAAUCUGCGAUAAACUCAGUGAUAGCAGCAGCCCGUCGGACUGUGGGCUAUAAAACACAACAAAUCAUAAAGUGCAGGCAGGGAAAGCAGAGGAAGGAGGACGGGAGGAAGAACCGUUAGCCUCAGUCUACUCCUCCUUCUUCUUCAUCGCGUUAUCACUGUUGUUGUGUUUGUUAGUGCCCUCCUGUGCUCCCCUCUUAUCUUCUCCUCCUCCUUUCCCACUUUUACCAAUGAGUUCAUAUUUUGUAAACUCCUCUUUCCCGGUUAUACCGGGAACGGGUGGGGGCGGCCAGGCGGCGUCAGCAGAGCCAUUCCUCGGUCAGAUCUCACUUUAUUCAUCGGGAUACGCCGACCAUCCGCUCAGACACUACCCGGGGGCAGCAGCGGUGACUGCGGCCGCGGCUUACAGUGCUCACCAGGAGAAGCCUUAUCCAACCACUACAUACUACCAGCAGGCUGCGAACGGAGCGUACAGUGGGCACCGAGCGGCGGGGGUGGCGGUCGGGGGCGCGUCCGGACCUGGCGGAUGCGACUACGCUACAGCAGCGGCGGCGGCAGCUGCAGCGGCAGCCACGAACUUUUACCGAGACAAGGAUCAUCCGUGCAGUCUGGAGGAACACCAGCUUGCUUUGAGCCAAGACGGCAUGCAUCGCAAAGUGGAGUGCGCUGGGCUAGGAGGAAAGGGGCUAUUUGGAGAAUCGAUGGAUGACAAACAAACAGUGCCAACUCCAAUCUAUCCGUGGAUGCAGCGGAUGAACGCAUGUAACGGAACCUUUGGCAGCCCGGGCAGACGCGGCCGGCAGACAUACACGCGCUACCAAACCCUGGAGCUGGAGAAGGAGUUCCACUUCAACCGGUACCUGACGCGGCGGCGGCGCAUCGAAAUUGCGCACGCACUCUGCCUCACAGAGCGGCAGAUCAAGAUCUGGUUCCAGAACCGGAGGAUGAAGUGGAAGAAGGAGAACAAACUCAUUAACUCAUCCUCGUCCUCCUCUUCCUCCUCCUCCACGGUAAACGGCACAGACGAGGAAGAGAAACGGACGGAAUGAAAUUAAAGAAAAUGAUAAGAGACAUUAACUGGAAGAAAAGGAUGGAAGAAAAUCCAUGCUGAUUAUUCCCAAUCUGUUUGUAAAGUGUGGACAUUUUGUACGCUCACGACUUCAUUCCUCUCUGUUUGACGACUCAACCGUGUGGGUCAUUAAGAGGUAUAAAAUGUUUUUCUCCGUGCUUUUCUCUAGGAUCUGUGCCUCUCAGCCCAGUCUCGGUUAAAACACUUAGUAUUUGACAUUUCUACUCGUUUCUAAUGCCGACCUGUUAUAUUUAAGUGCUUUUCCCCAAAACAUUUAAAACCAAAAAUGCAUUCUCCUGAAUCGUACCACCGAUACUAAAUAUUGAAACAUAAGGAGCCACAAAAUAAAGUGAAAAGCAAUGGGAAGAUAAAUAGAAGAAAAGGAAGAAUAAAUAAAAAUUCCAUACAGAUGUCUUGUUUGGGUGUUAAAACACACACACACACACACACACACACACACACACACACACACACACACACACACACACACA